GAUCCAGUCAGUCUAGUGCAAAUUUUGGAAUGGUUUGAUGUUUAUUGUAUAAGAUCUCAUCGUCUUGCGUGAAAUAUAAUUUUAUUUUAUCAUUUGAUACCCAAUAAUAAUGUGUUUUAGUAAAAGUGGAUCAAACAGUUAAAAUGUAACAGUCGCGCAUAGUUUUAAGAAAUCAUCUGGUAUGAAGGUGGCCCAGUAUCGGUGAAAAAUUUUCGUUGGAAGUUUUGCUCAAUUUCGCAUAUGAUUAGAGGAUUAUUGCACUAAUCGAGCUGCUGCACCUGUUUCGUGAAUCUAUUAAACUGUAUAAUAGUAUGUGACGUGACAGGAAGCAAUCAUCAUUGUUCGUCAUAGUUCGUCAAAUAAUCAAUCUUCAUUUGAUGAAAUUGGUGAGAAUUGUGUAACUAAUCAUGGCUUCCAAAAUGAGCGUUGAAGGCAGAGCCAACGAAAAUUCAGCAAAGGACAAAAAAUAUAUACCCGUUGCUGAGUUUUACCAUGGUAGAAGCAUCUUCAUUACUGGAGGAACUGGCUUCAUGGGGAAGGUUCUCAUCGAAAAACUGCUACGCUCUUGUCCAGGUAUAAAAAAUAUUUUCAUCCUGAUUCGUCCAAAGCGAGGCCAGGAUAUAUCGGCGAGGUUAACGGAAAUUUUAAAUAGUCCGCUAUUCGAUAGAAUACGGGACGAAAAUCCAGCCAACCUAAAAAAAGUCAUUCCAAUAAAUGGUGACAUUACGCUAAACGAACUCGGAAUAUCGGAAAUCGAUCAGAUCACGAUAUGCCAAGAGGUGUCCAUAGUGUUCCAUUCCGCAGCUACAGUAAAGUUUGAUGAAAAAAUUAAACAAUCCGUCACAAUCAACAUGAUAGGAACAAAGCAGUUGAUGGAACUGUGCCACAGAAUGCUGUGUUUGGAUGCCCUAGUGCAUGUGUCGACAGCAUAUUGUAAUUGCGAUCGAAAAGAGGUGACCGAAAUUAUUUACCCACCCCCAUAUAACCCGGAUGAUAUUAUUCAGUUGGUUAGAUGGUUCCCGGAAGAUAUUUUAGAAAAGUUAACCCCGUCACUAAUUGGCAACCGACCCAACAGUUACACAUUCACCAAGGCCAUGGCAGAACACAUGCUCCUGAAAGAAGCAAAGGGAUUACCAGUGUCAAUUGUUAGACCAUCCAUUGUCUUGUCCAGUUUCAAGGAACCAGUGAGCGGUUGGGUAGAUAACUUCAAUGGUCCAACCGGUAUUGUUUCGGCUGUCAGUAAGGGCCUGUUCAGAACUAUUCUAUGUGAAGAAUCCUGUGUGGCUGACCUGAUACCGGUGGAUUUAGUUAUAAACCUCAUGAUUGUUACCGCAUGGUAUACGGCUUCUCGCAAGGGUGCCAAUAAUAUCACAGUUUAUAAUUGCACAAGUGGCAUCGAUAAUCCCAUAACAUGGGGAUCUUUUGUAGGAAUGUGCAUAGAUAAUAUGAGAAAGCAUCCGAUAGAGGGCGUAUUGUGGUUUCCGACAGGAAAUUUGCGAACAAAUAAAGCUUUGAAUCUUAUUCAUGGAUUUUUAGUGCACUUCAUUCCAGCAAUUUUCCUAGAUUUAGUUUCUAUUGCAACUGGACGAAAACCAAUAAUGAAAAUUGUUCAAAUGAAGUUGGGCAAGGCCGCGACAUGUUUGCAAUAUUUUACCAAUGCUCAGUGGCGCUUCCGCAAUGAUAAUGUAAAACAUCUAUUGUCUCAUCUCAGUUCCGAAGACAGAAAUACAUUCCAAUUUGACGUCGGCACUAUUGAUUGGCACGAAUAUAUCGAAAGAUAUGUAUUAGGCUUUCGCGAGUUCUUGUUCAAACAAAAUCCUCAGUCUCUAGAAAAAUGUAGAAAUAAUAUGUACAAAUUGUAUAUUCUCCAUCAGUUUUUCAAACUGAUAAUGGUCGGUUGCAUGUGGCGAUUUCUACUAAAAAAAUCGGAUCGGUUACGUAAUAUUUGGUCUAAGCUUCUAAAUGCUUUUGCGCGCGUUAUUAACGUUUUAGCUCUUUUCUAAUAUUUCGUUCAUCUAGAAAAUGAGAGGGGGUUGCAACAUCUAUUUAAUUUAUUAGUCCAUAUGUAUAUUUAUUCCAACCAUAAAAGUUUACCUGGGCAAAAAAUAGCAUGCAUAAUAAAACGAUACCAAGUGA